AUGGCCGAUGCGGCGGACUUUAGGGUUGUCCCCUCCCUCUCACUACUUACUCACUUGAGUACUGAAAUUGUGAACAAAAUGGCUCCUGACACAGUCAACGAAGCAAACGAGAACAGAGAAACGGAAUCGCCCAGCGCCAACAAGGAAAGCGAGACUAACAACACCUUUGAUGCUCCCAAAUCUGAAGUCGCAAAGCCUCCAGCACCUCCGCCUCCUCCUGACGGCGGACUUUCAGCAUGGCUUCAGGUCGUCGGAGCUUUCGUAAUCUUCUUCAAUACCUGGGGUCAGAUCAACACAUUCGGAGUCUUCCAAACCUACUACGAAUCCGGGGCACUUUUCACCGAGUCUUCCUCCAACAUCUCCUGGAUUGGUUCCAUCCAGUGCUUUCUCCUUCAACUGACUGGUAUCGUUGCCGGACCUAUCUAUGACCGUGGUUACCUCCGACUACUCCUCUUUUUUGGCAGUUUCAUGAUCGUUUUUGGUUAUAUGAUGCUUUCACUAUGUCAUGAAUACUGGCAGGCCAUGCUGGCACAGGCUUUUUGCGUCGGUAUUGGUAGUGGAUUACUUUUCACACCUACUGUUUCGCUACUUCCGACGUGGUUCAGCUCGCACAUCGGCCUGGCAGUUGGUAUAGCAUCUUCCGGUGGAUCGUUCGGCGGUGUCAUAUACCCUAUCGUACUCUAUCGACUCAUCGGGCAGAUUGGAUUCCCUUGGGCUGUAAGGACCAUGGCCUUUAUUGCUUUGGGGACAUUUUUCAUCCCUGUCAUUGUGAUGAAACAGCGUCUCAGACCACCUAAGCCUCGUGCUGUGAUCGACUGGUCAGCAUUUAGAGAUGCACCUUAUAUGACCUUUGCAUUGGCCAUUCUGAUUGUGUUUAUUGGCAAUUCGGUGCUCAUCUUCUACAUCUCUUAUUACCCGAUAGAUAAGGGGUUUACCGACAGCUCACUGGGGUUUUAUAUAGUCGCCAUUUUUAACGCUGCCUCGAUCUUCGGCCGGAUUGCACCCAAUGCGGUCUCUGACCGUAUUGGCGUGUUCAAUACCUUCAUACCAAUGGCGUUAGUUCUCAGUAUUACAGUCUUCUGCCUGCUCGCUGUAGUCAACACGGCGGGAAUGGUUGUCGAGGCAGUCGUCACAGGGUUUCUCAGCGGUGUCAUCGUAGCUUUGCCGCCCGUAUGCUUCACCAGGCUCACGCCGAACCGGGCUCUGAUCGGUACGCGUCUGGGACUGGGAUUUGCGAUUGGAGGUUUGGGUUUGCUGAUUGGGGGGCCGACUGCUGGUGCCAUUCUUGGGACGAGCGAGGAGUCCCUCAACUGGACGGGUCUUUGGGUGUAUGGUGGUGUGACAAUUGCUGUUGCUGGAUUUGUUCUCGCUGUUGUUCGAGUCAUGAAGGCAGGGUCCAAGCCCAUGAUCAAGGUCUGA